AACGGCUUGGAACCUGGAAGCUAGUCGUCGAGAUGGUGCCCUGUUGGUUGGCAACUUGCGUCUUCCUGACCGCCGCCGCUUACGCACACGAUAGGACAUUUGUCGAGGGGGUUAACAGUAAUCUCGGAGAUGCCAUCGACUUCCUCAGAGAGUACGACAUCGAGGCGACCUCGAUGUGCACGAGGGUCACGGAAGCACAAUGGGCCUACGUCACCAAUCUGACCGAGUCCAACAAAAAGCGGAUGACGGAUCUUCUGUCUCUGCAGAGCAAAUUGGAACGUUCGUCCUGGCACAGGGUCGUCGGAUUCAGCUGGUCGUUACUGCCGGACCCGGUAGCUCGUCGGCAACUGCAGAUGUUAGCUACCAGAGGCAGGAACGCCCUUCCUGAAACGAAGCUCAACGAGCUCACCAAGGUGGUAGCCGAGAUGAAAGAGAUCUACAAUAAAGCACGGGUUUGCCCGUUUACCAGCACCUCAUCGCCCUACUGCGAUCUCUCCCUUGAACCAGAUUUGACCAGAACAAUGGCUCAUUCGAGGAGCUACGAGGAGCAGCUGCACGCCUGGAAAUCGUGGCGCGACGCAACUGGGCCGAAACUUAGGGACAAGUAUGCCCGUUACGUCGAACUUGCGAACGAAGCAUCGAGAUUGAACGGUUACAGAGAUGCUGGAGAGCAAGAACGGGCUGUCUACGGGCAUACGAAUCUUAUGAGCGAAGUGACAGACGUCUGGACUCAGCUGGCACCUCUCUACCACCAGCUCCACGCAUAUGUUAGGUCAAGGCUGAGGAAGCACUACGCUCCCCCGCAUAAGAUCAAUCCCACUGCCCCAAUUCCCGCACACCUUUUAGGCAACAUGUGGGCGCAAAACUGGAAGAACAUACUCGACCUGGUGCUGCCCUAUCCGGGAAAACGUCGUCCGGACGUGACCUCGGAGAUGCUCAGGCAGGGAUACAACCCUCAGAGGAUCGUACAGUCUGCUGAGGAGUUUUUCACGUCGCUCGGACUCCGGCCGAUGCCGAGGGAGUUCUGGCACAAGUCCCUCCUGGAGCGGCCCAUCGACAGACACGUAGCGUGCAAGGCGUCCGCCUGGGAUUUCUGCGAUCGCAAGGAUUUCAGAAUUAAACAAUGCACUGAAGUGACAAUGGAGGAUUUGCUAACGACUCACCACGAAAUGACACACAUCCAGUACUACCUACAUUACUCCGAACUGCCCAUCCUGUUUAGGGACGGCGCGAACCCUGCUUUCCACGAAGCUUUGGCAGACGCAAUCGGCCUUUCCGUCAUCACACCUAAACACAUGCACAGGAUCGGAUUGUUGAACAAUAUUACAGAUGAUUACGAGACCGACAUCAAUUUCCUACUGGAGAUGGCACUAGAUAAAGUGGCUUAUCUUCCCUUCGCCUACAUCGUCGACCAGUGGAGGUGGAAAGUGUUCUCAGAAGGUACGAAAGAUAUGAACACAAUGUGGUGGGACCUUAGGGCGUACCACCAAGGAGUCAUCCCACCUAUAGCUAGGUCUGAAGCUGAUCUCGAUCCCGCAUCUAAAUAUCACGUCAUCUCAGAUCAGCCUUAUAUUAGAUACUUUAUAAGUUUGGUCCUGCAAUUUCAAAUCCACCAAGCUUUGUGCACUGCGGCCGGGCAUAUCGGCACCCUCCACACUUGUGAUAUAUAUAGGUCGAGAGAGGCAGGAAGAGUUCUUGUCGAUGUGAUGUCAGUGGGCGCGAGCAGGCCCUGGGAAGAAGUUCUUCGUCUCGCGACUAGAGGUUCAAGCCAGCACAAACUGGAUGCCAGACCAAUGCUCGAGUAUUUCAAACCCCUGUCAUUAUGGCUUAGAGUUCAAAACAGGGAUGAGCAAAUGAUCGGGUGGAUCACUUCAGAACAAGACGCUGCUCUGUAUGAACACUGGUCUAGAGGAAGCGGCACUCCAUUACAGGCUUCGCAGUUUCUACUUUUUGCAGUUCCCCUUGCAAUCGGACGCUUGUUGUGAUUAUAUUACAAAAUUUGUAAUUAAGUAGAAGUUUUUAUAUACAAUGUCAACAACACUGAAACCAAAGAUAUGUUUAUAAAAAUUAUAAAAUUAUUUUAUCGAAUUGCAUUGGCUAUGUAUAUGUAAAGGGCAUUGUUGUAAAUUAUUUUAAACCUAGCAUAUGGCAAAUACUUGGUUACCUUAAAUUAAUUGAAGCUAUAUGUUAACUGCUAUACAAUUUGUUUUCUUUAAAAUGGAAAAAUUAUUAAUAUUUUUAUUUGUUUGUUAAUAUUGCUACAGUUUAUAAGCCUAUUUUUUAAAAUAUUUUAUCAAUAAAUUAAAUUGUGAUUUAUUUAUUUUUUUAAUCAGUGCAUUAUAUUAUUCUGACAGCGAACACGCUUAUCUCAGUUAUCAAUUAUUUUCCCCCCAUUUUGACAGGAAACCUAUUCAGGCAAGCCUCCGACCAAUUUGUACAUUUGAAAUAAUCAUCGAGUUUUUUCAAUAAUAAAAUAGGGGGUGUCGGAGGCUGCAACAUGGUGCUCAUCACUGUUGGGUGCAAAUCUAGCUUACAUACUUAUACUUUUUUUUCCCAAAAACACCACCACCCUGAGGGUUGAAAUGACCUAUGCUAUUAAGAACCCUCAUUAAAAAUAAAUGAAUGGAGUUUUUCAUUUGUUUCUCUUUUACACAACAAUGAUACUCAAAUUUAUAUAAACUACACAAAAUGUUGACUGGAUGUCUGCUGCCCAGUUUCUUCAAAUGUACUUGAAUUAAUUUAAAAUGCUUUUCUGGCAUAUCAAUACAAAGGUCGUAAACCAAAACUUCAUAUUAGUUUCGAACUGGGUAUUUUCUUUACAGAAAUAUUUUAUAUAUUUUAAUGCUAUACGUUGUUAAAAAAGCUACAGUCCUCAUCUUUCAAAUAGUCUGUUUGGCUUUAAAAUCCAUUUAGCUGUUUUUCAAUUAUAGCCGAUUCGAUAACGACUUCUCAAAAAUAAAAUUAAAAAUUUAGGGGUCAAAUAGUCAAUAAAUUUAAAUUCAAACAAAAACUUAUAUUUAGGAGUCCUUAAAAAUGCUAAAACGAAAUGUCAUAUUAGUUCCAUGGGAAAAAAAUAUGACUUAGUUUACUUGAAAAAUAUUUGGUUCUUAGAAAGUUUUUGAUUGUUGAUAAACAUAUACCUUUCACUAUAUUUUUAUUGGGAUCUACAUAAAAAAAAUAAAAUAAAAUAAAAUAAAUUAAAAAAAGAUGUAAAUUUAUAUAUUCAGAUAGCUCAUCUGAGCAAGUAGAUCAGCGAAAAAAAUCUAUUAAAAAGUGGAAAAUUUCAACUUAAAAAAAAAAUUUAAAAAUUGGCCAAACGGGCCAAUAUUCAGAAGUGUUGUACACGUGUCUGAUAUUUUGGAGCGUAGAAUCACCAAAAAA